AUGUCGCAGGGGGCAGACCGCCCUCCCCGGCGCCACGGGCGCGCCCUGGGCGUCGCCGCGGCAGUGGCGCUGUCCGCGGCGGCGCUGCUCCCUGGCGCGGCGCCGGGCAGAAGGGCAGCGGCCGGCAUCGGCCUGGACGCGGCAGCGGCCGGCCCAGGGGCGAGGUUGGACCGCCCGAGCCCCGUCGGCAGCCGCGGAGCGCCCCGGGCGAAGGACGGGCCCGGGGCGGAGCUCGGCGCGGAGGCGCCAGGCUCAGGCGAGGCGGGGCGCCCGGGCGGGCUCACCGCCUCGGAGGAGGCGCGCCUGCGCUGGCUCGAGGCCCGCCUCGCGAAGGUGAAGGCGCGCGAGAAGGCCAUCGCGGCCAGGGAGGGCGCGCUGCAACAGGUGUGGAGGAAGGCGGCAGACUGCGUCGGCAAGCGCCGGCCGGGCCUCGGGUCCAGCGUGCCCGCCUACCCGUGGGACGUCGGGCACGAGGCCCGCGCGGGUGGCCCCCGCUUCCCGUGGGAGGCCGUAUACGGGACGCAGGGCCAGUUCCUCGAGAGGCUGCUCCUGGCCCCCGAGGAGGCCCGGCGGCUCAGGAGGGCGGCGGGCUGA